AAUCAAGUGAAUGAUCGACUGAGUUUACGACGCCGUCUGAAGGAGUAACUUUGCAAGAUGGCAACAGAUUUACGAACCUUGAUCAUUGGUGGUCUUUUUCUCUGUCUUGGCGCACAAGUACACGGGAAGGAUGAAUGUUCCAAUUACAGUUUUCUCAAUGAGUCAAACAGGGCACAAACGUUUUACAGAGGAAAAAGAUCCCUGUGUGACAGAGCUUUACCCACUGGCUGGUACAGAUUUGGAGGAGAGGCUGGACAACAAAUGCCAGAGUCUUGUGUGGACUUAAGACACUGUGGUACGAUUGCGCCGGGAUGGCUCAACGGAACACACCCCUUGGUGGGGGAUGGGGCUGUUGAAAGGAAGGUGUGUUUUCAUGCACCAAGCGGGAACUGCUGUAAAUUGUCUACAGAUGUCCUUGUCCGAAAUUGUGGAGGGUUUUAUGUUUACAAGCUUAAGAAAACACCCCAGUGUGACCUGCGUUACUGCGGCAACGGAUCAUACUCAGAGCAAGAAUGUUCCACUUACAAGUUGCUGAACGAAUCUAACAGAGCGGAAACAUACAACCCGACUUCAUUCAUUCACCUUUGUGACAGAACACUUUUUGGCUGGUACAGAUUCAGCGGAGAGGCUGGUUUUAAAAUGGCUGAACAUUGUGUCAGCAAAGGUCGUUGUGGUACUUUUGCACCUGGUUGGCUCAGUGGGACCCAUCCUACUUUAGCUGAAGGUGCUGUUGAACGUAAAGUGUGUUUCCAUUGGUCUGCUUGGAGGAGUUUUUGCUGUUCGUUUUCAACAUUCAUCAAAGUUCGCAAUUGUGGAAAGUUUUACGUUUACAAAUUAAGGCCGCCACCUGUUUGUUCAUUGCGCUAUUGUGGCAAUGGGUUAUUUAAAAAAGAGUUAACAACAGAACCAGUAACGUCGCACAGGAGUGUGGACAAUCAAGUUUCACAUACUAUGUCUUCCCCAACACAAGCUGGGAGAAUGACCACAGCAUCGACAACCGUUCUAUCAGAGGAAAACAAAAGCACCAAAUCGAAUACAGGACAAGUCUUGACAAGAUCUUGGACGACAACUAACUUUUCUCAGUCCACGUUGUUUACACAAAAAUUACCAUCAACUAAAAGACCUUUCGUAGAAGAAUCAACCUCCAGAAUUCCUUUCAAAAUAAUCUGGGGACUAGUCGGUGCACUUGCAUUAGCCAUACUAGUUACGAUUAUUGUUAUUUUUGCAAAACAAAUCAGACGGAAGAGAAAAGAGAAUGUCAACAAGGGGAAGAUCGGUGAAAAUGAUAUUCACAUGGUUGAAGUUACGACGGACAUAAUCAACCAUUUAAGAGGUCUAGGCCGGCAAUUUUCCACAGGACAGCUGGAUACACCCCGCGCGGUCGUACACGAAGUAUUGGUAGUUGAUAAUGAGACAUAUCUAAAGCAAAUGGGAAUUGACAGGAACUGGGAAAUUCCUCGAGAGAGACUGGAAAUAACGGAAGAAAAACUUGGUGGAGGAGAGUUUGGAGUCGUAAAAAAGGGAAGCUAUAUCAGGAGAGAUGGUCAGAAACUGCCCGUUGCUGUUAAAAUGUUGAAAGAUAACACAGAUGAAAAGCAGCGCAUUGGUCUGAUCCAUGAGUUAGAAAUUCUUAGGAAAGUUGGUCGCCAUUCAAACAUAGUGAGCCUCGUUGGGGCCUGCUCAUUUGAAGAACCUUUGUGUGUGGUUGUUGAGUUUGUACCUGGUGGAAGUCUUGAUCAGAUAUUGCGUGACAGUCGAAUUCCUGUCGGGGCAUUAGAUACAAAUUAUGUCAACGUUUGGUCGAAACUGUCCGAGAGGGAACUGUUAAAAAUUGCUUCAGAUGUUUCAAAUGGAAUGCGCCAUUUAGAAAGCAAACUGUGCGUUCAUAGAGACUUGGCUGCUCGAAACGUUUUGAUCGGUGAGGGACUGAUAGCAAAGGUGGCAGAUUUUGGAAUGUCACGUGACAUUUCUCAAGAUGGAGUUUACAUUAAGUGCACCGAGGGCAAAAUCCCGUGGCUAUGGAUGUCUUUGGAGAGUUUUAGGGGAAUCUACACCACGAUGUCUGAUGUCUGGUCAUUUGGUGUCGUUCUCUGGGAAAUCGUCACCUUGGGUGAGCAACCUUACAUCGGAAUUACAGGCAUUGUACAACUUUGUAGCUUGCUACAGGAUGGAACGAGACUUGAGAAACCACCUCACUGCUCUAAACAACUGUAUGACAUUAUGCUAGAGUGCUGGCAAGAGAGACCAAAAGAUCGCCCAACUUUUAAAGAACUCCAUUCGAAACUUCACUCGAUCUUGUACGAGACCACGGUUACGUACAUAAACAUUUCCUAUUCAGGGGGAAGAGGAGAUCACGCUGAUUUUCAAGAGCUCUCUGAGAGCAAUAGGUGAUCUCAGCAGCAAAGGUCGUAGACACGGAGCAGCGUCCCCCACACGUUUAGGUCCAGAAAUUAUCGCCCGCGUCACAGGAUAAAACUGGCUUUGUAAAGUUCUCUGUCCUAUGAUCUUCUUAAAGUGUAGUAGUUAGUGUACUCUUCCACUUCAUAAAUUUUCCGAUUUGCAAAUUCAUUUGAAAUUUGCACGUAAAACCGAAGCAACUGAUUCAAUGAAAAUGACUUUCAUUAUAGGGUGAUGACACUGAUUUAAUCACUUAUUGAACUCUAGGCCACUCUUCCAUUCCAAUUUUCCCGAAAAUAUCUUUUUUUUUCUCCUUCCGAGAAAAUAUAAACGCUUGUUUGGUGACUGUUUUCGAAAACACAAUACGAAACUCUGAGGUCUCAUUAUCUAAUUAAAGUUUAGUCGUUGGUUAUAAAAACUGCAUCCUGAACGAUCCUCAAUUUAGCUGAACCUUUUAUCGGAACAUUCAAUAUUGUGAACAGCGUUAAGAGGGCCGAAAGCUAUUUAACAGUAGAAGAAAAUUUAUUUAAUUAAAUAGGCCCUCUUAUAAAGCCUGAAGCCCACUGAUUGCGUGGUUUGGGUUAGACCUCGUGUAAAUAACGGGCCCUAAAUGUUCCUAUUUAUAAUCUCCUUGUAAAUACCUUUCGGCUGGGUUCUGUUUAGUCUCCUUUGUUUUUUCUCCUCCAUGUCUUCAAAUUAGAAUGAGAACAUGCUGUGUUGUGGAAGGGGAGAUUUUGUGAGGCAAGAAUGUACGAGGCGGUUCUUUCUUUUCAAGUUUCGAUAGCUAAACUAGACCUCACUUCACAGGGAAAAGAGGCCUGAAGUAAAAUGCUCUCGUUUCAAAGAAAAAAUAUUUUCCUCAAAGCUUCCAUAAUAUUCAGAUCACACCCAUUGAGACAUUUCUGCGAGGAAAAGUUUGAUUUAAACUACGUGCCGGUGACCGCGUCGGUAAUCAUUUUGGGAUGUUUAUAUGGGCUCCUGGAAAAACAGGAUCA